AUGCAGAACGUUGACAUUCAGAACCGCCUUCAGACCAUACGGGAAAGGCUAUUAAAAGCGAUAGCGAAAAACGAUUCAUUACCUUCUUUAGAGCGGUUAGAUCGAGAGGAGUUUGUUUUGGAUUAUGAGGAACGUGACCGUCUAUUGGGCAAAGCCGACGGAAAGGUUAGGGAGGUCAGAAGGGAAAUUGAAGAGGAUAAUAUGAAAAAGAAAGUUAUCGGUGCAAGGAUCAAGCAAGAAUGUUGGGACUCGAUGGAAAUCAUCGGUCAAUCGAUCAAAUCCUUCAACCCAGACCCUCUUACUGGACGUCACACGGUUGUACCGAAUUAUCCAAUUCGGAAGCAAAGUUUGGAGGAGAUUGAGCGAGUAAACAGAGUUAUGUUCUUGAGGAAGGUCGGGAUGUUGGUUGCCAACGCUACUGCAAAGGUGACUCAAAAGAAGGGCGGGGUGAGGGAGAUGGACUUGACCGAGGAACUGGACGGUUCCGACACCGAGGCAGACACGCAAGCAAAGGCUCCUACGCCGGCCCCGGAUGUCCCACCUGCCCUUCUGUAUACACCGUUUGACCUGACGACCAAUGAUCGGCGCCGAACACAAAUGAUUCUCCUACAGGACCACAUUCAAAACCUCAAGAAAAACUUCAACAACAAAUUUGCAGAAUUUGUCAAACUCAAGCGAGACGAGAUGCUUAAAAUUGAAGAGAAGGGAGAGAGAUGCAAGGGGAUAAUGGAUGAGUUGGGCAACGUUGAGGGAGUGGAGAUCUUCAAGCCCGUUUUGGAUCGGGAGGAGGAGCCGGGGCUAGUUGUUGAGGUCAAAGAUGAGGAAAUUAAGUGUGAGAAGUUUAUCACGCCAGAGGAGCAACAGCGUCUGCUCGAAAAACAACGUCAAGAUGCGGAACGUCUCCGCGCGGCUGCCCUAGAUAAUGCCCGAGAUCGGGCCCUCACCCAGAUGAUGAACAAUAGACUUGAGGACCGCAGCGCAGAGGAAGACACCAAAGCCCUCCUCACAAAACCGGACUUUAUGACGACGAAACCAGCUUCUGAAUGGUUAGACGAGGAAAAGAAGCUGGCAAAAGAAUAUGAGAAGAAGCUUGCAACACAAAAGGAAGAGCAGGAGAAGACCCGGAAAGCUUUGGAGACCGAGUUGAAGAAACUUUUGGCGUCCAUCACAGAAAUCUGCGAUCAAUUUGAUUCCAUAAGUCUCCGGCAGACUCUCUUUGAGCUUAAGCUCAGCACUGACAACAUUAUCUACCAACAUGAGCUCGUUUUGAUCAAGCUGUACGCUUCGAUUCUGUACGCUUCAGAAGACGAAGCCAAGGAGCAAGCCAUAACCUCCCGACUGGAAGCUUGCAAGGGAGAAAAAAUGCAUUACUCAGCGGAGAUACCUGAAUUGAAGAAGGAUUUGGAGAGAUGUCGAGAGGAAUACGAGACUGCGUUGAAGAAAGAUAAGGAGGUCGAAAGGGCAUUCAGAAAAGAAUUUGGGGCACCAGGAAUGGAAGGAUGGUGGGAGGCAUGUUGGAGGUUAUUUAAACGGAGGGAUGCCGCUGAGGAUUCUCGUGAUGGUACGACAACCGACCCCUCGCAGCAAGAUCUUAAUCCAUACAAGCCGUAUGAACCACAGCACCACCCUUCUCGUCCAACGUCCCAUGCUUUAACACCGGCCUUCAGCACCCUCCCACCCCCAACUCCUUGCCCUCUAAAUCCGCAGACAGACACACCAGAAGGCCUCCCCGCUGAUCUGUUCCAAAAUCUCAUCGCCAUCCGAAACAGGAAAAUUCAGACCGAAGCCGACUUGCACACCGUCUCGCAAACUCUCCACAACUUACAGACCCUGAUAACGAAUCUGCUAGAGGCAUCCGACCAAAUCCGCUUGGAAACCGAAGAACUCACGGGAGAAAUGAACGGGUUUGUGGACUACAGAUUUGGAAGCACGUUUGAUUUGGAGGUACUGGUUGGUCUUAAACAGGGCCAGGUUGAAGUCCCGCAGGCUCCUGUGGUCACAGACUACAGCGAUGCGGUUCUGGUUCAUAGAAGUGUGGUGGAGAGGUUGAACGAGGCCAUCGUCGCCCUGGGUCAGACUAAAGUGGCUGCUCUAAGGGAGAUGAAAGAGUAUAGACGGGGGAUACAUGCUUUGGAGUGGGAAACGAAGAUGCUCGAUUUCCAGGCUGAAUCACUGACCCUCCGCACUCGCGACAUCCAACUUCUUCGCGUUACCAAAUCUAUGCAAGAAUUUAUUCGCGGAGGAGAUGACAAAAAGCAUUUGCACGAAAUCGCGGCACUUGAGAAACGCGCGGAACAUAGCAUCAAAGCUCAUCACCACAAACUCUCCGAAAUGAAAGCUGCCAUUGAGAGACUUGAACGCAAAGUACGGGAAAAGAAAGGGGAGAACAAGCGGUUGGAUAUGAAGGUGGACUCUCUCGGCCAGGACGUUCGGGAUCGCAAAAUGAUUGCGGGCGUAGUAGAUGAGGAAAAGGCGGACGAAGGGGGAAAAAUUUCCGCACAAAUACGAAGUAAACCCAAAGGCCGGAAAAAUGCACUGGGAUCUAUUUAUGCUAGGAGAAGGUUGAUAGAUCUUGCUAAAUCUCAGGCGCAAGACAUCGCUAUUCUGAGAGAGGAAGUGGAAAGGCUGCGGCUACGAACGUACCCUGCGUUUCCGGCAAGGCGAGCCGAGUUUUAAUACUGUGAAUGUAAUAUAUCUAAUACUUAGUAGAUUUUUGAUAUGCGA